AUGAGUCACACUUCAGAAGUUCAAGAUGAGAAGGACGUGGGAGACCAAGUACAGAUCAUGCCUGCUCUAGAAGACGGAUCGGCUGAGCAAAAAGAGAAGGAGCGGAAACUCGUACGGAAGAUCGAUCUCCAUGUCAUGCCGUUAUUAAUGAUCACAUAUGGUAUUCAGUACUCGGAUAAAAUUUCACUCUCUUCUGGAGCAAUCUUCGACCUUCGAACUGAUACCCACUUGGUCGGUAAUCAGUAUGCCUGGUUGACCACCAUUUUCUAUCUAACAUAUCUUAUUGGGGAAUUCCCCGUUGCAUAUCUAAUGCAACGAUUCCGCAUCGAUCGAAUUUUGGCCUACUGCGUUAUUGUCUGGGGCAUCUGCGUCCUUUGUUUGGCUGCUUGCAGAAAUUUCUCAGAACGCGGUAUCUUGGGUUUCGCCGAAUCGACUGUCUCUCCAGGCUUUUUAAUCAUCGUUACGGCCUGGUACAAACGGGAGGAGCAAACUGUCAGAGUCAUGCUCUUCUUUAUGAUGAACAGUGUGUUCUCCCUUUGGGUAUUGAUGUGCUGCUAUGGCAUCGGGCUAGCAGCUGAUGGAACCCGACUGGGAGCCUGGAGAUCUAUCAACAUUAUGGUGUGGCAAUUGGGAACACCUAAUCAUGUGAAAUGGCUUACAGACGAGGAACGAGAACUAUUGAGACUACGUUUGAUCUCCAACAAAGACGGCGAACAUGAAUCUGGUGUCAAAAUCAAGUGGGACCAGGUGUGGGAGUGUUUCCGAGAUCCCCAAAUCUACUUUCAAGUCAUCUUUAUGUUCCUUGUCUGUACUGUUUCAGGCGGAAUCACCUCUUUUUCCGCUAUCAUCAUCAAGUCAUUUGGAUUCCAAUCCGCGGAGAGUAUAGCCUUACAGCUUCCCUGGUAUUUUGCUACAACCUGUAGUAUCGUUGGAAUCAUCUUCGUAUUCCGUCGCUACCCCCACAAGAAUUAUAGUCUGAUUAUAUCCAUAGCGGCAAUGGUACCAGCCAUUGCAGGGAUCCUUCUGGAAGGUCUGUUGCCCAAGAGUAUGAAAUGGGGGCGACUAGUAGGGUAUUGGAUCACAGGUCCCUAUGUGGUAUCUCAGUUUCUCCUCAUGUCAACUUUGGCUCAAAAUAUAGCUGGCCGAACGAAGAAGUCGGUGGCCCAAGCGUUGACCUUCACUUCGUAUUGCCUGGGCUUCCUUGUCGGCCCUCAGUUCUUCUGGGCUAGUUCCGCUCCGGACUAUAAGCCGGGUCUGUACACGACCGCAGUCUGCUUCGUGCUCAUCGACUUUGUCCUGGUCACUUGGUACUUCUGGGCACGAUCGGUCAAUAGAGCUAGAGAUCGACACGUGAAGGAGAGAGGCAUGUCUUGGGAAGCUGCAGAAGCUGAGGGAAGGGAGAUGGGUUUGAAGGAUAUGACCGACCGACAAAAUCCUCAUUUCCGAUACCGGUACUAG